AUGUCGGCUUUGCCUACGUCUAGACCUGAGAAGGGACUAGAGAAGGGACUUCGUAAUGGAUUUGAGAAGAGACUUGAGAAGCGACUUGAGAAGCGACUUGAGAAUGGCCUUGAGAGGGGACUUGAGAAGGGAUUUAGUAAUAGACUUGAAAAUGGACUUGAGAACAGACUUGAGAGGGGACUUAAGAAGGGGCUUGAAUCUAAACACUUGAAUAUAUAA